UUCUCGUCCGUUUCGCGAGUGUUGUGAUAUGCCUGUAAUAUGGCUGAACGUGCUGUUUGGUCCUGACCUUUCAAUAUGGCUACUCUAGGCCUCUCUAAAGUAUUCAUAUUGGACAAAUAUUUCACGGAACUACAGAAGUUCUGGGAGACCGAGAAAAAGCUUCAAGAUGCAUCAUCUUCCAACGAAGCAGUGCAUUUGCAGCAACGCCUCAGGAGCCUGAGCACGGAACUAGUAACGCUAAGAAAUCGGCUGCAUGUCCAAGGAACGCAAACGACCGCCCUGAAGGGCACGCCGACACCGGUCGCACCUAUUCCUGCUGCUGCCCCCGUGGCCUCCCCGUCUCAGCCGGCGAUUCCUCCUCGUGUCGCUCUUAAUGUACCUGUGCCAUUGGUGACUGUCACACAGCAACGUUCGCAAUUACUCCCUACCGCCGGUGCCGAUUUGGAGGACCUCAUUCACCUGCAGGGACCCCUCACAGAAGAUGCAGUGAUGAAGUGCUUGCAAGCACGAUUCUCGGCUUCCAACUUCUAUACAAACGUAGGUCCCAUACUCUUGUGCGUGAACCCUUACCGAGACGUCGGCAAUCCUCUGACGCUGAGCAGUACUCGGGGUCUAGCGCUUAGCUCCCAGCUGAACAGGGUGGUUCAGGAGGCCGUUCGACAGCAAUCCGAAACAGGUUAUCCCCAAGCAAUUAUCCUAUCUGGGACCAGCGGGUCUGGCAAGAGCCAUGCCUCUAUGUUAUUAUUAAGGCAACUUUUUGCCGUCGCCGGAGGAGGACCAGAGACUGAUGCCUUUAAACAUUUAGCUGCUGCCUUUACAGUAUUACGUUCCUUAGGUUCUGCAAAAACUACGACGAACUCGGAGUCUAGCAGAAUUGGUCAAUUUAUAGAAGUUCAGGUGACUGAUGGUGCUUUGUACAGAACGAAAAUUCACUGCUACUUCUUAGACCAAACUAGAGUGAUAAGACCUCUACCAGGUGAAAAAAAUUACCAUAUAUUUUACCAAAUGCUCGCUGGACUGUCUACUGAAGAGCGCACGAAAUUAAAUUUAGAAGGCCACAAACCGUCGACGCUGAAGUAUUUGCAACAUGGCGAUACGAGGCAGGACCUAGCAGAAGACGCUACUCGGUUUCAAGCAUGGAAAACUUGCCUUGGCGUGUUGGGUAUACCCUUCCUGGACGUAGUAAGAGUUUUAGCGGCCGUUUUAUUGCUGGGAAAUGUGCAAUUUAUGGAUGGCAAAGGACUAGAGGUGGACGUCAAGGGGGAAGCGGAACUGAACGCCGUAGCUGGACUUCUGGGAGUCUCAGGCGCCGCUCUAUUUAGAGGACUUACAUCCCGUACUCACAACGCCCGAGGACAACUCGUUAAAUCCGUGUGUGAUGCCAACAUGUCCAACAUGACAAGGGACUGUCUCGCGAAAGCUUUAUACUGUCGUACUGUAGCUACCAUAGUCCGUAGAGCUAAUAGUCUUAAGCGUCUAGGCUCCACGUUGGGCACUUUAAGUUCAGACUCAAACGAAUCCGUACACAAUCAAGCCGAGGUCACUAGCCAGCACGCUUCCACUAUCGGCGGCAGCACCAACGCUGGCAGUAAGUCGAUGGCGGCCCUCAAUAACGCCGUGAGGCACGCGACCGAUGGAUUCAUAGGAAUCUUGGACAUGUUCGGGUUCGAAGAUCCCAAGCCGAGUCAACUGGAGCAUCUGUGUAUCAAUCUAUGCGCGGAAACGAUGCAGCACUUUUACAACACGCACAUUUUUAAAUCUAGCAUAGAGUCGUGUCGGGACGAAGGCAUUAACUGUGAAGUGGAAGUGGACUACGUUGACAACGUCCCUUGCAUCGAUUUAGUGUCGUCCCUGCGUACGGGCUUACUGAGUAUGUUAGACGUCGAAUGCUCGAUACGUGGUACAGCGGAAUCAUACGUGUCUAAAAUAAAAGUGCAACAUAAAAGUAAUACCAGACUAUUCGACCCCAAACCUCUCGAUCCACGACUAUUCGGUAUCCAGCAUUUUGCGGGUCGAGUCGUGUACGACGCUACGGACUUUCUUGACACAAACAAAGACGUUGUUCCCGACGACCUCGUUGCAGUUUUUUAUAAACACAACUGCAAUUUCGGCUUUGCCACGCAUUUAUUCGGAAGUGAACUGAAGGCUUUGUACUCGGUGGAGACCGUGCCUCGCGGUGUUAGCUUUAGAAUCUCGCCCACCUCCCACACGGACCUCUUAAACGGCGAUGAACCCGUCUCCACUCUAACGCAAGAUUUUCACACACGACUCGACAAUUUACUGCGGACUCUGGUUCACGCGAGACCUCAUUUCGUGCGAUGUAUCUGCAGUAAUUCGCAAGAGACCCCCAACCGAUUCGACCGCGGCACUGUUGUCCGCCAGAUACGUUCUUUACAAGUCCUGGAAACUGUUAACUUGAUGGCGGGCGGUUACCCGCACAGGAUGCGCUUCAAAGCUUUUAAUGCACGAUAUCGGCUAUUAGCACCAUUUGCUAAAUUACACAGAACCGAGGAAAAGGUCACGGAUGACUGCCAUCUAAUAUUACAGCACGUAUUAGACUCGAUCUCUAAACAGCAAAGCCUGGUCUCCACGAGUUGGGCUUUAGGGAAGAGGCAUAUAUUCUUAAGUGAGGGCAUAAGGCAACACCUGGAAAAAUUAAGGUCGGAUACGCGUCAGAAGGCCGCCACUUUGAUACAGUCCACCUGGAGGGGUUGGCACUGUCGAUACAGAUGGACGACGUUACGACGAGAGAAGGAAAUCAAGAACGCCACUCAACCUCCCACAUCGCGAACUGGGCUAGGGGGCGCUAGGCCCCGACCACAGCCGAUAGCAGGCACGCCGCCUCCUGACCCCAUAGAAAAAUGCGACGCGAAGAUAAUACAGCAAACGUGCAAUUUAUUCGGAUUGGAUCUUGAGCGGCCACCCCCCGUGCCUCCGAGUCGUUCGUAUACGGUUACGGGAAAUACCAAGCUAGGUUACCCCCAGACACGAGUGAUGAAGAUGUCUUAUCCCGAGGACAAUAACGGAGACGGGCCUGUUCUGUUGAAAGGGGAGACUGUGUUAGUUGUGGGUGCGUCGCACCGAAGAGGUCACUUGAUAGUAGAACAUAAACAUUGCACUCUUCACGUGCCUUUCCAGUUCUUGGAGUUGAAACAAGGUGUCAAUAUUUAAGCUUGCCAUUUAAAUUAUACUUGUAACAUAUUAGCUAGAGUCUAAGUAAAUUAUUAGGAGUUGAUUUAAGACGAUAAUUAGGGUAAUAGCGAAAUCGGAUGGGGUGUUUGUGCCAUAAACCCUUCCAGGAUGUACAAUUAUAUAUUAAAUCAAUAUAUC